AUGGCCGUCCCUUCCCUCAUUUCAGAUCCGGCUGCGUUUUACAACGCGAGAAACCGCUUUCCUGUCACCAGUGAAAGCACUUUUGAUUGCUCGUCCCAGCAGGAUCUCACUUGUGAUGCAGGAUUUUGGAAAUAUGAGACUGUUCACCAGAAACUGACCAAUGUUACCCAAUCACUUGGCAGUUUCCCGGUCCAACGAGCUUGUGCGGCGAUGCAUCUGGCUGCUGGCAUUAAGGAUGAGGCUAAGAGACGGUCUUCUUCCCAUGAACAUGAGCAAUUCUUUGUUGCCACGAAACAGUCAAGAUUAAAUGGUCGAAGUACCCAUUCCGCACAGAUCGACCCGGCGAGUGUCCGCCACAGUCCGUCCACAACACCACAGGAUGAUCGCCGAGAAGUAAAUAGUACCGACGCCCAACAAGAGCAAGGCUACCCUGAUCCCAGCGACAAAUAUGCCCGGCGUCAGAGGAACAAGACCAAGAGCAACAGAUAUGAAUUGAAAGAGUCAAAGUCCAAAUCGCACGAGAAGAUAUCCAGUAAGAGGACUCGCCGCCAAAAACCAUCAGCCACAUUGAAGGAGGAUUUUCAUGCACCUAAUGUCCACGUAAAGAGACUUACCCUCAAGCCAAGCCUUGGGGCUGGCAUAUUUGGAAAAGGGAAAGCGUCUCUACCAACUCAAAUGCAAGGGCUACCAGAUCUCACCUUCUCUGAGAUGAGGUUUCUCAGCAGGCAAGACGACCACAAUGUCAAGCGUCAGAUACUGCAUUCUGACAAUAACGCACUGAAACGUGCGAAGUCAACACCAAACGAAGAGAUUUCGCGUUUCUUCUCUCAUACAGAGGAGAAUGAGGCAAGGUUCAAUUCCAAGGAUUUACAGCUUGACAAAUGCGCGACUGGUUCUCUACCGAGAGACCUCUCGACCAAAGCAGUGACCCCUGCUCUCGCUACUACCGCCGACGCGAUGAGCUGGUCAAUUUCGUCUCCGCGCCACAGUCACUCCCUGAGGGAAGAGCGACGACAAUCAACUUCCAUCCCAGCGUCGUCUCUGCACUUGAAUCAGUGCUACAGGCGUGUCAGUCAUGGCAGCGCACCUAGAACUCCCGAAGUUCACCCAAUGAGUUCGGCCAGCAAUUGCAUCCUCAGACAACAUACUGACCAUGUUCUUAUGUCGGAUGUCAGAAAUCCAUCGCAGCCGAACCUGCAAUAUCUGUCCCUCGAUGACUUGAAACGGCUGGCGAUGAGACCGACCAGACAGGAGACUACGACUGCAGGAUUAAGAUUGGACAGUGAUUACAUGUACCAUCAUGAGCUGAGCGAAAACGGGGUCGAUCUAUAUCGUCGAGUAUCGGAAGGUGAUGAAUUCUAUCCCGUGGGUAGCGUGGGGCGGGGCGGGGCGAAUAAUGAUGCCUCUCAGGCAUUUCCCCCUCGUUCAGCCUCGUUAAUGAAAGAUCAAUCUGAUCCAUUUCGACACCCACUGCCGGCUAGUCACGGAACUCACCUCGAAUUUCCUGCGUCAAGGCCCCAUCAUCCUGAGACCACAAUGACCGAUGCAAGAAUAUCUGCAUCACGGUUGAUGGUACAGAUGGAUGCACAUUCACCAACAUUGCAAUCCGCCGACAAAGCGUUACACUCUUCAGGACACGACAACUAUGUAGCGGAGGGCUAUGCUGAUGGUUUUCAUGAUGAGCCAACCUGUCCAUCUAGUCUUGAACAAGACCUGGAGGCCUUGGAUCAGUUUGAUAUCGAGCUAUUAGGAUUUGGUUGUUACGGAGGUGUAGUCUCAAACGGCAUGAUCAACGAUAGAGAACUGACUGUCAGGGACGCCAACCCGGUGGAAGAUGCUCUCUUCAAUGCUUCCGCCUCAGGAGAUGUGGGAGAUGCAAAUGUGGAGAACGCGUACAACAAUGUUGGUGGUACAGCGAUUCAGAGUCGGUAUCUCGAGAGAACUCCGUCGAGGCGUCCUCUGGAUGACUUGCCAGAGUCAAAUCCGUUGUGUAAUACGUUUGGUUUAAUCUCUCGUACUCUGAGAGAGCCCAGCGAGCAGGUCUUCACAGGCAAUAUGACUCGAUGCUUCGAGUUGAGUAAUCGAAUGAACAAAGCAGCCAUCAUGCGGAAUCGGAACGCGAUCCCAUAUUGGAGACAAGGUUACAACCACAAGUAUAUGCAAGAUCAAGCCCUGGAGGCCUCUGAGCAGAAACACUCUGGAGUGGCAUAUCUCUCGUCACGAGACAAAGAGCCUCAGCAACGAGAACGCCACCGUCGUCAAACGGAGCAUACGUCGCAUCAUCAAUCACGCGCCGGGAACCCGAGCAGUGCGACGCACAGCUUUCCCACCCAUGUCUCCGGUGGGGGAGGCUAUACAGGUGCCAGCAACGGUGGGCCUUCACCCAAGCGGACUCCAUCACCUCUGCCCGAUAAAAUCCAGCGCGAAAUCAGCCGCCAUCAAUACGCACAGGACAACAUUCUACAGUCGUACGAGCUGUACAUUCCGGAGCAAGACGCCUCUCAUGCUCAUGCAUCGCAAGCGCAGGACAAGAAAUUCUGGAUCAUCUUCAUCCACGGAGGGUAUUUCCGCGACGACAGCGUCACGGCCGCGAGCUUCCACCCUGCACUGUCGAUCCUGACCAAGGCGCCGAAGCUGCAUCUCCAGCACCUGAUCAAACCGAGCGAGGACCAGGAGAACAUCAUCCCCUACGUCGGCGGGUACGCGAGCAUCAACUACCGGCUCAGUCCGCGCCUGACCAAGUCGCCCCAAGACCCGGACACCACGCCGGCGUAUGAGCUCCGCGACGCGGCCUGGCCGGACCACAUCCACGACGUGCUCACGGCCAUCGCCCACCUGCAGCGCAAGCAUGGCUUCGGCCAGAGAUACCUCUUGGUCGGGCACAGCGUCGGCGCCACGAUGGCGCUGCUCAGCACCCUGGCGUCCGGCAAGACACUCACGAACACUGCAGGUGCGAAGCCGCCGCGGAUGCUCCCGACCAUCGUACCCCCCAUGGCCGCCCUCGGCGUCUCCGGCAUCUACGACUUCGGCCUCCUGCACGACUCCUUCCCGGAGUACGCCGACCUGACCCACAACGCCAUCCGCGAUCCACGCGACGUCGCCCUCGCGAGCCCUGCACGCUACUCCCCCGCCGAGUACCGCGACACAUGGGCGCAGCGGGACACGCAGAAGCGCGUCCUGAUCCUAGCGCACUCGCGCGACGACGACCUGGUCGACUGGAAGCAGGUCGAAGCCAUGGCCGCGGUUUUUGCGUCCGAGUCCGACUCACCGUCAAAGUCCAAGUCCCAGUCCCCCAGGCCAGGAGGUCGAGUUGCUGCACCCGGUGCUGACAGUUUUGCCGUGCAGGUGGUGGAGAUGAAAGGCAAGCAUGACGAGAUCUGGGGCCUGGGGACCGAGUUGGCCAGAGUCAUUCGCAUGGGGAUCGGUGCUUUGAGGCGGCUUGACCGUCUUUGA